UACAAAUACAUGUAUAUUUAAACAAAUACAACACUCAUUUAGUUUUUUCUCAUCACCAUAUCCUCAUUAUUUAUUUAUUUUUAUUUCUAAACACCCGUUUAUAAAGGAAAAAAGAUGGACUUUUUGACAUAUGCCCCCCAAAUUAUUAUUCAAUGGUGGGACCCACCAAACUCAAUUUAUGGCAUGAUCCAUUCCCAAACUUCAACCCCCACCCUAUAUAGCAAGAAUAUGCUUUUGCCUCCUCCUUCUACUUCUACACCAUUUCUUCAAUCUUUUCUCAUGGAUUCAUCUUUCCAAAUCCAGAAUUCGUCUUUCCAAAUCGAACCCAGAAAGAAGAAGUUAAAACUUUUAGAUGAAGAUGAUGACAGAAACCAUGGCGAGGGUUUCGGAUUGGAGAAUUUACCCAGGGAUGUACUCCUCGACAUACUCGCCAAGCUGCCGAUUUCAUCCCUGAUUCAGUUCCGGUUGGUUUGCCGUUCAUGGAAACUGCUGUCAGUCGACCCUGAACUUUCCCGGCUUCACCACGCUGCGGUGGCGGAAAACGACCCGACGCUGCUGUUCCACUGCGAUUACCCUAUCCGUAACCAACUCUCUUUCGUCGAGUUAUCCUCCGGUGGUGGCGGCGACGAAGAUGAAGAUGAUGAAGACGACGAAGACAAGAUCGUAAGAAAGAUUUCCACACCUUUUUGUAGCUCGAUGCCUGAAUUCAACGUCGUGGGUUCAUGUAAUGGCUUGUUAUGCUUGUCUGAUUCGCUUUAUGGUGAACCCGUUUACGUUUUCAACCCGUUUUCCCGGGAUUAUCUGGAGCUUCCGAAAUCUAAGCAGUUUCAGGAACAGGAGGUGAUGUUCGGAUUCGGAUUUCACCCAAUUACAAACGAGUACAAGGUUGUGAAGAUUGUGUACUACAGAAACAGGCCGGGGAAACGUCGGGUCAUCCGAAACAACAGGAAUUACCCGAAAUCGGAGGUUCAAAUUCUCACUAUUUCCAAAGAAACAAACAAAAAUCCAUGGAGAUCGCUCGGGAAAGUGCCUUACCAGCUUGACAGACAAGCGGCGGAAGUUCCUGUAGUGAACGGGAGAAUCCAUUGGCUGAGCCGACCUGGUAGAGUCGCCGGAGUUUUAGGUCGAGCGAUCAUCUCUUUUGACCUAAAAGACGAACAGUUCAAAGUAGUGACGAAACCUACCCAUGUUACAGUCAUCCGGAGCAACUUUCACUUGGCCGUCAUACGAGGGUGUCUAGCGGCGGUGAUUUCAUGUGGGUAUGGGAAAUUGGAGAUCUGGGUCAUGAAGGAAUACGAUUCCCAGGAAUCUUGGAUGAAGGAAUUCGUCAUCCAUGGAGUUUAUCCUGCAAGGGUCCCGAAUCAUGAGAACCAUUACCAGAUAGGGAGACCUGGUUUAUCACGGAGGAUGGUUAGGGUUUUAUGCGUUUUGAAGAACGGAGAGAUCUUGCUGGAAUACAGAGGAGGAAGCUUGGUGAAAUACGAUCCUAAAUGGAAAGAGUUUAAAGACGUCGUCUUCUCCAAAAUGCCCAAAUUGUUUCAGACAAUUGUUCAUCUGGGAACCCUCAAUUGGAUCCAUACCUCAAUGUAAAACGUCAUGUUUCAAGGUUUUUUUCGUAAUUUUUUUAGCCACUCAACCAGAUUCAAAGAAGCAAGCUGCAGCUGUAUACAGUUGUUCUUCCUCAAAUGGUUUUGAUA